GCCGCCGCGGGAGGAAUGCGGAACCAGCCCUGUGCGAAGAGCUGCGGCUGCUGCCCGGGCUGGAGGCUGCUCAGAGCCCAGUGAGGAGGAUGGGGAAGCGGGAGCCCUAAGCGCCCUGCUGCUGCCCAGCGGGUCCGCCUUGCCCGUCUGAGCCGGGGCCAAAUGAAGCAGCCCCCGGCGGCGAGGUAGCCGUUCCAGCGCCCCCAGCCCAGCCCCAUGAAGCUCAUCUAGCAGAGCGGGAGGAGAGAAGCCAGAGCCGAGCCCUGCUCACUCGCACCGUCCCCAUGGCGAAGGACAAGCCCAGGAAGGCUUUGCAGGAGCUGCUCCAGAGACCGGGCAACCAGCUGUGCGCGGACUGCUCUGCACCUGAUCCAGACUGGGCAUCGCAUACUCUAGGAGUGUUUAUCUGUUUAAAUUGUUCAGGAAUCCAUCGCAAUAUCCCACAAGUCAGCAAAGUGAAAUCAGUUCGUUUAGAUUCGUGGGAUGAUGUUCAAGUUGAGUUUAUGGCUGCAAAUGGAAACAACGUAGCAAAAGCAAGAUAUGAAUCUAAAAUACCACCAUUUUAUUACAAGCCAACAUUUCCUGACUGUCAACUGCUACGAGAACAGUGGAUCAGAGCCAAAUAUGAAAGAAAAGAAUUCAUUUACACUGAGAAGCAAGAGCCUUAUUCUGCAGGGUACAGAGAAGGGCUUCUCUGGAAGAGAGGACGUGACAAUGGGCAGUUCUUAAGCAGAAAAUUUGUGUUAUCGGAACGGGAAGGCGCUCUGAAGUACUUCAACAAAAAUGAUGCAAAAGAACCCAAAGCAAUUAUGAAGAUUGAACAUUUAAAUGCGACUUUCCAACCUUCAAAAAUAGGGAACCCACAUGGACUACAAAUCACUUACUUGAAGGACAACAGCACAAGGAAUAUCUUUGUCUAUCAUGAAGAUGGCAAGGAAACAGUGGAUUGGUUCAAUGCCAUCCGUGCAGCACGGUUCCAUUAUUUACAAGUGGCGUUCCCUGGAGCUAGCGAUGUCGAUUUGGUGCCAAAGCUUUCUAGGAACUACUUGAAGGAAGGUUACAUGGAAAAAACUGGGCCAAAGCAAACAGAAGGUUUCAAGAAGCGAUGGUUCACCAUGGACGACCGAAGGUUGAUGUAUUUCAAAGAUCCUCUGGAUGCCUUUGCUAGAGGGGAAGUAUUUAUUGGGAGCAAGGAAAACAGCUACAAGGUCCUGGAAGGACUCCCACCAUCCACCCAGGGAAAUCACUGGCAGUAUGGGAUAACCAUUGUGACCCCAGACAGAAAAUUUCUCUUUGCUUGUGAGACAGAAAGUGAUCAGCAAGAAUGGAUUACAGCUUUUCAGAAAGUCAUAAGCAGGCCGAUGCUGCCUCAGGAAUAUGCAGUGGAAGCCCAUUUCAAGCAUAAACCUUAGCUGGGACUGUCGGAGCAGACCCAAGGAAUGAGAUUAUGUUUACAACACAAGAUGGUUUUAUUUGAAAUGUUUAAAAAAUAAUAAAAGAAAAUUAGAAAAAAGUCCUUCACUUAAUCCUGUUGGAAGCCAAGAAGUCAGCGGCAAACAUCACAUAGAAGUUGCUGAGCCAUAGCAAAAACAAACCUUGCACUUCUCUAGGUAGGCGCUGUGGGGCUCUUGUUUACAGCACCACCUAAUGCUCGUCCAUAGGCUACACUUCCAUGUGCCGCCAUUUUGUGUAUCUCACUACAUUAGGUAAAGAAAUACCACAAAUACCUGAGCACGUUGUCAACAUCGUAGACUCUGAAUGAUGUGCACCAGGAUGCCCCUGGGUCUGUGCUAACUUGUAAUAAUAGCACAACCCCGUCCAGAGUGAUCCAGAAUACUUUGUGAAACAAAUUUGGCUGUUUUCCCUAAGUAGCAUUUUCACAGGGUAUUGAUGAUUGACUUGAAAACAUUAAUGGCACAUCCCAAAGAUAUGGUGUGCUUGACAGUCUGUAAACAUGGUCAAUGGCUAGAAACAACUGAUGCAAAACAUCCUGUGGAAUAUGGAAAUGAGCAAUUUAGCUCUUGAUGAGAAGGGAAGAAAAAGCGCUUCAUGUUGUCUCUCAUAUAUAUAGACCUCUUCAAAAACAGUUUACUAAUGACGACUGGGUUUUGGCUACCUGCCCUUUAUCUUCUGUAAUGAUUCAAUAGUUUAGAUCAGGAAUGGUUCUAAUUUGAUCCUAGUUUUUCAGAUCUGAACUUUCCCAACAUUCUGGAGAGUCUGGACCUGGUAUUGUCACAGGGGCAAAUUUGUGAAGUUCUCAUCCGACUCUGAAGUCUCUCAAAGUUCACAUCUCUGGCUUUGCUCUCAGCCUCUAGUUUAGACACAUUAGUCUUUGGGAUACCUUCUCCUGGCAGGGCCAGGGUAUUCGAAUUCAACAGGGUUUUCCCUGAUGAACUCACUGUCCCAACUUUCUUUUUACGAAGCAUUUUCUCAUCUCCCAAGAGAUCAUUAAGUCCUAACAGAAUAUAGAGCACAAGCUUAAAACCCAUUGUCUUUAAGUGAAGGAAUGAUGAACUAUAACCAGAAAGGGGAGUUUGAAGUUAGCAAUGACGCGUCGGAAAGCAGUGUAAUAUGCUCUGUGGUGCGGAUGAUGCAAAUGCUUUAAAAAGCAAGUAACGUAAAUACUGCUUUUAGGUGCUUAAAUUAAGGGUCUCAAUGGUAAAUUGCUUCUGUGUUAUUCCAUACAGACCGUGUAUACUGGACAGGGUCUCAGAUGCUUCUUUUUUUAUUCUGUUUGGUGGUUAAGUGACUAAAUGUUUUGCUUUUGUUCAAAGUGUGGUGAUGAGGAAAUGAUUUGCCAAGAAAUUUUAUUGACUCCAAAGGCUUUGGGGAGCAUUCUCCUCACACCAUAGUGUGGCUUACUGUUGCAUGAAGUAUCAUGCCAAGCAAAGAGCUUUCACUGACAUCCAGGAUGCUGACGCCAAGGCUUGUCUACACUACCGGCCGGAUCGGUGGGCAGUGAUCCGGCCGGAUCGGCGGGCAGUGAUCGAUCCAGCGGGGGUCGAUUUAUCGUGUCUAGUCUAGCCACGAUAAAUCGACCGCCGAGCGCUCUCCUGUCAACUCUGGUACUCCACCAGGGCGAGAGACGCAGGCGGAGUCGACGGGAGAGCGUCAGCCAUUGACUUACCGCAGGGAAGACACCGCGUUAAGUAGAUCUAAGUACGUUGACUUCAGCUACAUUAUUCACAUAGCUGAAGUUGCGUAACUUAGAUCGAUUCCCCCCCCCCUCCCGCCGUGUGUAGACCAGGCCUGAGGCAGAGAUAUGCAGCGUACCUUGGAGAAAUGAACUUAGCCGACACUUUGAACAGAAUCCAUUUAAGACUUGAUCCUGCAUCCCUUGCACAAUGUCAGCGCCAAUGGACUCCGAUGGGGGGCGGGUAAGGAAUGCAGGAUUGGGGGUAUAUUUAGGGCAUGAUUUAAAGUGUGACUCGGUGCAGAUGCGCAUGCCACUUGCACAGAUCAUUCCUUCAAACAAUUCCUUCUGUAUUGCCAGUGCCUGUCUGUGACUUUAACAUGUUAUCUCGGCGUUUCUUCAGUUGUGGAGAGGCUGAGCUGAAUGAGGUACUAGCCAAAACAAAGGGCUCUAUUCAUAGCAGAUCCAGCCAGAUGGCUUUACAGUGCAUUGCAGAAGCACACAAUGGCCAUGCCUUGAAGAAUAUUGCAUGUGCACUUCCUCGGAAGCUCAGCCAAAAUGGCAUUUGAAAUAGCUCGGCUUCCGUGGUCUUGUGAUGUGUAAAUGUUGCUAAUGACUCAUUCUCAAGCUAUCAUAAAGGUGAAUUUAUAAAUACAUUGAUGUAAUGUAAGUGGCCGUCACACCUUGUAAGUCAUGCUAACUUGAUGUAGGCUAGUUUCAAAUGGGAUUUUAAAAAGAAAUCCGUGGGGUUGGCCUCAUUAGCUGCUUAUCAAAGUGCACAUCCAGGAAGUGCCCGUGACUGACAAAGGAAUGUCCGCUCAGAGAAAUCACACUAUGACUGUGGCAUGUCCCCGUAGGAACACUGUAGGCCUACACAGGAGCGGCGCCAGGGUUUUUGCCGCCCUAGGCAGCAGCGCUCCUCCUCAGAGCAUUCGGCGGUGGGGGUCCUUCCGCUCCACGUCUUCAGGGUGCUUCGGUGGAGGGUCCCGGAGCAAGUGAAGGACCCGCCGCCGAAGCACCCCGAAGACGCGGAGCAGAAGGACCCCCACCGCCAAAUUGCCGCCGGGGAUGGCAAAAUGCCACCGCCCAAAUCUUGUCGCCCUGGGCGACUGCCUCGGGUCGCCUAGUGGAAGCGCUGGCCCUGGGCCUACACAGUGGAGUGUGAGAAUUCAGCAUUCAGAGUCAGUCGAUAAGCACAGACAAAAACUCACGGUCCUUCAGCUGGGCGCAACCCUGGCCCUGUUUGCAGGGCAUCGUGGGUCUAAUUAUAGUUCAGAGCUUUCCAGUUUACUCCCAAGAGAGAACAUUGCACAAAAGCUGGGGGGAUUGAGCAAUACCCUCCUAGUGCAUCUGCAUGUUGCUAUUUCCAUGCUGGGAGGGGACCCAACAAUCAGACUAGCUUUGAAAUACACACUUACCCUCCACGACCAUAAAUCUCCUGAUGCCCACGGUCCAUGGCCUCAGGCCCGUCAGUGUAUGUUGGGUUUUUAUAUCUUCUCAACUCACACUUGAGCAAUGGUCGCCAUUGUUAUUUAUUCAGCCCAGUUAAGAGGCCAAGCAGGAGGCUUAUGCACCACUUAUGUCCAACAUUAAGGACUUAAGCAAUGCAUAGGGCUUCUGUGGCACCUCUGCACAAGGGUAAAUUUCAUUGUAAGUGCACUGAGAGCUUUGCUAAAUCUGAGAGGGAAAGGCACAGACAGAGUAUGUCUACACUGCAAAAACCGGCAGACCUGCAGCAGUCAGUCUCAGAACCCAGGUAGCUGACUUGAGCGCCUGCUCCAGGGCUAAAAAUAACAGCGUAGAUGCUCAGGCUGGAGCCUGGGCUCUGAGACCCAUCCCCCCUUGCUGGGUUUCAGAGUCUGGGCUCCAGACCGAGCUCAGACAUCGACACUGAUAUUUUUAGCCCUAUAGUGUGAGCCACGAAAGCCUAAGUCAGUUGACCUGGGCUCUGAGACUUGCUACCACAGGCCUUUCCUGUGCAGUGUGGAGCAACCCAGACAGUCUAGUGGGGCAAGACGAUUAUGAAGGGGGAGAGAGAAAAAUGUCACUGAAAAGGUAGAUCCAGAAAUGAGCGAGGCCACCCAGCCAAUCUUUUGCGGGUGCUCUUCUAUCUUUGGUCCCUGAUUCAUGUUUCUUUAUCGAGCAUUGAUUGCGGCAGUAAAUUUCUCUCUCUCUCUGCCUCGUACAGCAUCCAGCACAGCAACAAAUCAGAGGAGAUGUGAGCCCUCCCCCAAGGAUUUAACCCUGGGGUCAGUACAAAAUGACGCCAUUUGAGUGGUUUAGAUUUGAUAUACAGAGUUGGAUGACGUGUGUGGGCUUCCCAGAGGCUGUGAGGCAGCAGGGAGGGUGUGUUGAAAGGCAAGGAAUGAGGGGGCCUGGAUGCAGGAGGGGUUCCAAGCAUACAGGGCAGUGUGGAAAAAUUCAGCAAGGGAGAGACAAAGGAGGUAGUAAGGCAGGAUGAAUGGGUGGCAUAAUGUGAGGGUGGGGGGGCCCUGUGGAAAAUGCAGAUCCCAACCCACAACACUAGACCAUGAGCUGGGGAGCUUCGCUGACCAGAACACACUGGGGAGUCACACUUGGGCACCAGUGGAGACUUCACAUACAGGGGGAGGGUGACUCCCAUGGCCUGGAGCAGGAAUCCACCUGUGUAAGUGAUGCUGGAAUUGGACCUGUUGUUCUCCAUGGCUGCAGUCCAGUCCAUUAUAUGUCAAAUUACGUGGGGCCUCCUGGUAAACGGGCCUUGGCUCAGCAAAAAUGUAGACACCCCUGCCCUAGAAAGUCAACAGAUUCUCUCGAACUAUCUCACAUUCAUUUCUUUCUAGCUAAUCUCACUUACGUUGUGCCCCUACCUGUGGCAUUUGAGCUCAUCCAUGGGAGGGCAUCAUUGAGCCUCAUUCAUAGGCACAGCAAGCUAUAGACCAUCUGGCCAAUGGCAGGGUAAAAAAUAGGAGGUCUAGUUCUCGGUUACAACAAGGCCGUUUUAUACUGCUCUGUGGAGUUACCUUAAAAGGCCUCCCUGAAAACACUACAGGGCCACCGUGGCUGGUAGAGGUCUCCCUACCACCUGCCCCAGCAUAAAGAUUGUGGCAGGGCUGUGGCACGAGAACGGUACAGUAUAGCUAUUCGCUUCUUACCUGGGCCAUAGGGGCCCUUGAGGCUGCUCUAACUUGCACCCAGGGCUGGCUCCAGACCACAGAGGUGAUGUGAAGCUAAGUUCCCCUCCACCAAGCACAAGAACAAAGUAAUUGAGCAUCAGGAUGUGUAGGAGACAGCCACCAGCCUGAGGCUGACGUGAUAGUGAAACCAAGUCAGUCACGGUGAUUUUUUUUUUUAACUGGAUAGAGUGACUCUGUCCUUAACCCUGACCACACUUUCCUUACAGAUUUGGGGGGGAUGGAGGGAGCGGGGUCUUUUAAACGCCAUACUAAGCCUGUGCCAAGAGCCCUGCAUGAAUGAAUUGUCACAUGACUCAAAGGUUUUUGGCAAACAAAUAUUGCACUCCACAAAAGGGCAUCACGACAGAUUUACUUGCCGUAAGUAUUCAUCAUCAGUCACCCCACUGGCGUCCAGAGAAGACUCCCCUCCCUGCUGGGGAGGGAGGUCUUAGUUCAGUUAUUUUGUGUCACUCGGUUGUGAAAAGAGCUGAAUUUGAUUUGGUGGGAGGUUGGGGGGACGCCAGCUUGAGGCAUGAGAUUUGAUCUUUCCAGUUCUUUUAUACUGACAGGUCCAGCACAAACAGUUCGACCCAUUGUAUCCUAUACAUUCCUUCACAGCUCCUUGGCCGACAUCAGGUUUGCUCGUGCUACAAACUGGCUGUUGCACUUUUUUAACUAUAAUUCUCUUUAUUUUAUUUGUCAAAAGCUGCUUAAAGUGACAUUUCAACAUAAUUGCAGAAAAUUGUGACUAAAGGAAGUCUUGGAAUGUCCAGGUGGAUAUAAUGGAUAUUAGUACUGUAUAUAUCAUGUUUUGAAUUUUUACCUGAACUAAUGAAACAUGUCCACUUAAAUAACGGAACAAUACAUUUGAGUGUCAAAUGCAUUUCUUAAGUUAGUGUUUGUAAUCUGAAAUCCAUCUUGUCAGUUGUAUACAUUUGUUAUGUCACUGGUAAUAAAACUGUGGUACUAAAUGGCAUUCAAACCAAUAAAUUAUUAUGUCAACUCAA